AUGGCUGCUACUUCAUUAUCAUCUCGAGCACACGUGCGUUCAACAAGCUGGCCCGAAGUCGUUCAUCCUCUAUCUCGAUCCAUCGAAGAUCAUCUUCUGAUACUUAAGAAGAAAAGUCCAGAGCCCGCUUGUCGGAAACUCGGAGUUUUAAAGAACAUGUACGAGGUGGUCGAAGUUUUCCUCCGUUUUCAAUCAACGAAAACCCAAAAGACAUUUUUGGAAGAUGUUUCCGAAGGUUUUCUUGAGGUUCUUGAUAUCUGUUACACGAUCAGAGACGUUCUGAUGGAGAUCAAAGAGCAAGUCAGGGAACUCGAGUCAAGCUUGAGGAGGAGAGUGAUCAGAAGCAAAUCAGGAGGAGAUCAAGAGGCUUUCUUGACACGUGAGAUCGAUGCAUACGUGUUUAAGAGAAGAGUCUUGAGCAGAAAGAUCGGUAAGCAGUUGAAGAUGAAGAAUAAGAAGAAGAAGAAAGAUUGCGGAGGUGCCAUUAAUGUGAUGAAGAAAGUUAAGGAGACGAGCUUCGAUGUCCUUGUUUCUUUGUUGAUGGAAGUAGUGACGAUGAAUCAUAGCCAUCACAAGAAGUUAUCAAGAAAUGGUAGUAGAGGUAUUAUCUCGAGGAUGUUUAACAAGAAGAAUCAAGAAGUCGAAGGAGAUGAGCUGAAGAAGUUGAGAGAAACAGAGCAAAUGCUUGAAGCAACAGAAGGAGAAUUGGAAUGUGUGUAUAAGAAAUUGUUGAAGACGAGAGUUUGUCUUCUUAACAUGCUUACUCUUUGAAUCUGAAACUAUGUAACUUUCCUAGAAACUUCAGUUAUUGUGCAUAUUACAUUA